AAAUUCUUCAGACCGCAACUGCGCAGCAACAUCUCUCUCUGCGGACUGCUGACUAACUUCUUCUUCUGGUCAUAUUUUCAAACUAUUAGAAUUUUUAAUCAUGGCUGAUAGACCAAAGGGAUUCGGAAUGACUGCUGAACUAAAUGAAAAGAAAGCAGCAAAAUUCGACUCUACCAGAGCUCAAGAGGCCCUCGACUGGAUAGAAGAGAUUAUUGGUGAACCAACUGAAAGUGAUGGUACCAGCCCUGAAGGAUUUGCUGCUGGAUUAAAGAGUGGAGACAAACUCUGCAACCUUAUCAAUAUCAUAAAGCCAGGCUCUGUCAAGAAAAUCAACACCAGUAAAAUGGCCUUUAAGCAAAUGGAGAAUAUUGGGAAUUUCCUCACCGGUUGUGAAGGCAUUGGAAUGAUUAAGACCGACCUCUUUCAAACUGUUGACCUGUAUGAGGCCCAGAACGUUCCACUUGUAGUGGAUACUAUCCAUGCACUUGGAAGAAAAGUUCAAACUUUUCGUGAUGAUUUACCUAUUCUUGGGCCAAAAGAAUCUGAAGCUAAUAAACGUGAAUUUACUAAAGAACAACUUGAAGCAGGAAAGAACAUCAUUGGUCUUCAAGCUGGUACUAACAAAGGCGCAUCUCAAGCCGGCAUGAGCUUUGGUACUACAAGGCAAAUUAAUCCAGCUCCACCCAAAAGGGGCUCAGAGCGAGCUGUACUGCAAGAAGACGUUAUGGCUGUCCGCCCUAAAGGAUAUGGUCUUACAGCUGAAUUAAAUGCUAAAAAAGAUAGCAAAUUUGACAUUAACCUGGCGCAGGAUGCUUUCCUUUGGAUUGAAGAGUUACUGGGAGAGCCAAUAACUGUACCAGAAGAACCAGAGAAAGUAAAAGAAAUACUAAAAGAUGGAAUCAUACUUUGCAUGUUAGCUAAUCUAAUACUACCUGGAUCCAUUGAGAGGAUUAACAGAAACAAACUUAAAGCUUUUACAAUGAUGGAGAAUAUCAGUAACUUCUUGUCAUUUUGUGAAAGGUUUGGUUUAAAAAGGAGCGAUUUAUUUCAAACGGUUGAUCUUUAUGAAGGACAAAACAUACCACAAGUGAUUAGUACAAUUCAUGCUUUAGGACGUAAGGUUGCUAUAAAACGUAAAGAUCUUCCAUCACUUGGUCCUAAAGAAUCAGUCAAAGCUCCAAGAACAUUUACCAACGAGCAACUGACAGCAGGACAGCAGAUCAUUGGGUUGCAGAUGGGGUCAAAUAGAGGAGCUAACCAAUCAGGGAUUAACUUUGGACUGCAAAGACAAAUAUUUAACAACUAGAAAACCACAAUUAACACAUGCUGCUAUAUUUAA